AUGAGCACACUGAUUUAGAAGACAUGGGCUGUGGCACUUCGUGUUCAACGAAAGACAGGAAAUCUGAGAAAGGGACGACAAGCCCUGUUACGUGAUGAAGCAGCAGGACCAGAAGUGGAUCUGAGCUGUCCAACAAGUUCAGAACUGGACGACACAGAUCUUCAACUCUACAGGCAGGGUUGGGGGUUAUGGAGCCAGCAACCCCUCGGGUAGGGUCUAUCCUAUCUGGGCUCUACCCUUUGCCGUUUUGCAGGUUUCUGCUCCAGAGGAGAGCCCUCAGCUGGCUAGAGCAGCCCUGCGGUGUGUGUGUGGGGGGGGCGGGGUUCUUAGGAAUCAGGUGAGGUUUUAGAGGUCUGUUGUGGGUACACUCAACCCUGCCCUGCUGGUCUCCUUCCCUGUGCCAGAGAGGUGCUGGGGGAACUGUAGCCCAAAGGAGCAAUAGCAGGAUGUGGAUCAAAGUCCAUUUUGUCAGCUGCUGCCUAAGUAGUCAAAAUCCAGAUGUGGGAUUCUGCUAAGGGCCUGAGCUGGAGUGUCCAGGAAGCUGGACCCUCGAGGCCUAACCUGAGCCUGCUCUUCCCACCCGAUGAGACUGGCUCAUCAGGCAGGGUCUAGUCAGGGGGCAGAAACCAGAGAGGGAUGUGACGAGAGAAGUGAAGGGAAAGAGCUGUUCACUGGGUAUCAAACUGUUUCUAGGUAACAGAAAGGUCUCUGAAGGAGCUCUAAGGCAUACAGAGAUAUGACAGUUCCCAUCUCUAGGGCUGAGAGAACAAAGGGGAGAGAUUGGAGUUAUUAAAAUCUAGAAACUUGGAGGAGGGUUCCUGCAGAACUGAAAGUAGACCUUUGACAAUGGGGGUGCCCAGCUGGUGCUGGUGUCUCUGAGGGGCAGCCCUGAGGUUGGUUGUGCAAGCGCGGAGGAACUGCAGACUGGAUCCAGUUGCCACUACAAGGAGAACCUGGUGGGGGGGUGGAAGCCAUUGCUAGGCGACACCAAGAGGGACAGGAAGCAGACAGGAAGGAGUGCGUCUCUCAUCCCUCCUCCAGCCUCACCAUCUGCCUUUACUGCCCCCCUUGGCAGAGCCAAGCAGGUAGCCCCCGGCUGAUCACAAGGUGGCCUGCAGAGCCCCAGUCUCAGCAUGCAAGCGGAUUAGAGAAGUGUGGGGUGCUGGCUGACACGUGAUAGCUUAGUAAGUCACUCCGGAGAGGAAUGCAAGGGCCAACAGGCACAGGGGUAGGGCAUGGCUCAGCUUCCUGCCUUUGGAGCAGAAGAGGAAAGGCAAGAGCCAGGGAACUGAGCCUGGCGGUCCGCCUGCCACACCUACUAGCGAAAUAUAGCCCGUGAAAGUACUGCGUGCUUAUCAAAUAAAAUAGCAACUCCUCCCUGGGGAGUGGGGUGGGAUCCUGGCAAGGGACUGGACUGAAGCAAGGCAGAGAGAGGACAGGGGGCUUCGAUCACCUAUUUCCCCUCGUGGGGGAGGAGUAGAAGUGGUAGUAAAUGUACCGUGUGUAGCUUAGUGCCGGGCACAGAGUAGGCAUUCCGUAAACGGUGGCUCUUGUUAUUCAAAGGAAGGAAGGGGACACAUAGAUUAGGGAAAGAAGUAACUGGCUAUAGUGGAGAGAGCCCAGAGUUUGGGACUCAGAAGACCUGAGACCAUACUAGAUAAGUGACUUGGAGCAAGAUACUUGCCUCUGUGAACCUUUCAGGUUUCCUUAUGUGUAAUAUAGAGAUGAUACUUGUGGGGGCUAAAUCUCUUCUAGCAGGCCCUUAGCGUAUGGUAACUGUUUUGCCCCAUUAUUAAUUAUAGAAAUAGUAAGCGUGAGUAUUUCUUAUCGGUGGUGCAAACCCUAAGUAGAAGAAACUUUAGUGGUCAUUUAUUCCACUGCAUCACUCAGCAGAUGAAGAAACUGAGACACAGCAGACGGUCAGUAGCUCUACGGGGGUUACGAGCCUGGGCUACGGCUCAGUGAGACCUGGCUUCCACUCCGCGCUGUGCAUUUCCACUUACUGGCUAAGUGAGGCUAAGUGACCUUACGUAGUCUGUCUCAGCUUCUGGGUGUGGUGAGGACUUCGGAGGUGAAUCCACCGCCUGGCCCUCAGUAAGUGCUUCGUAAAUAGUAAAUAGCCCAGGGGCAAUUCCUUUGCGCUUGAGGAACAGAGAGCCCCUGAGGUGAGGGCUGGCUGGUCAGGACAGUGACAAUGACAGUCCCAUAGAACAGACCUUGCCGGUGAGUCUGGGCUCUCGGUAAUGAUAUGGUGAGAACACUUGAGAUUUUGAGCCUCCUAAUCAUUUGCUUUAUGACAUUGAACAAGUCGUUCUUAUUUCUUCUCCCUGUGGUGUUCCCCUAUAAAGACCGUGAUGCUUGACCUUAUGUCUAUUUCCUGGGGUCUUCUGGAAGCUGAAUAAUGAAAUGAGUGUCUCUGGAACCAGAGUGUCUUGGAGAAACUCAUAAAUAAAUACCCUCAGAUGACGAGUAUAUCUAGUGUACCACAGCAGUAUUAAGCCAGGGAUAUUGGGACUGGAGGCUAGAAUCCUGCUUUUAGAAUUCAAAUUGUUCUUGUUAUAGUCAACUCUUAAUUUUUAUGUGCUAACUGGGAAAAAUUAUAGCAUGAAUAAAAGAAGCCAGCUGGUGUUGAUUGCUCUUCGCUCUGAAACUUGAGGAAGGCAUAAGAGACUAUAUUUUAAAUCUCAUUAUCUCUCACCUGAUCGCUUUCUUCAAAGCCAUGAAGCUACAGGAUGAUUCAAAGACUCAGAGCCCCAGAAGAGAGUCAGUGUGCUGAAUAAUCCACGAACAAGAGGAUGCUUGUCACUGUAGUAGCUGUUUGUUUAGCCAUUUAUUAACCAGGCGUGGGGAUAAACGCUUCACCUGUACUAGCUCAUUCCAUCCUUAUUGUAAUGCUAUGAAGGAGGGAGGUGUGUUCAUUUAUCCCUCUGUCUUUUAUCAGUUGAAUCUCAGGUACAGAAGCUGGAGUGAAUCAUACUUUUUAAUUCAUUGUGCGUUGUCAUCACUGGUCUAUGCAAGACCCUUUCUUAUGUUAGGUAAUUAAUUUGCUUGUUUUUUUACCCACAUACGCUAUACGCAUUCACCCGCCCCCAUAAAUAACUAAUCUGUUUAGUGUCUUUUCCUUUGUAUAUAUUCUAAUGAAAUGUAUAUUUUGGUUUUGUGUAUAUGUGUUUUUAAUUUAUAUAAAAUGAUAUCAUGUUAUAUUUCACUGUCUCUAAAACUGUUCUCACUGAAGCACUGUAUUUUUAAGCCCCAUCCAUGUUGCUAUGGGUUUAUUUAAUCUAUUGCUUCCAGUUGUGUACCCACCACGGUUAUACAUUCUCCUUCCCAGCAAUGGCCAGCCAGGCUGCAUUGGUGUCAAACUCCCUACUGCCACGAGCAAAGAAACAGUGUAGAUCCAUACAUCUUCCCUUAUGGGCUGUGUGAGGAUUGUUUUGGGGUAUAUAGUGAGGAAUGGAAUUGCUACUUCAUAGGGCAUAGAGUAUGAAUAUGCCUGAGUAGUGCCGGAGGUAGGUGCUGUUCUUUUCUCCAUUUUACAGGGGAGGAAACUGAGGCUUUGAGAGUUUUAAUAACUUACCAGAGUCACACAGACAGUACCUAGCAUAGCUGGGAUUCAAAUUCAGACCUUCUUGCCCCCAAAACUCUACUCUCCUGAUAGAGAGUACAUGCAAGCAGGAGGGCGGGGGAAGGGGCACAGGGAGAGGGAGAGAGAAUCCCAAGCAGACUCCUUGCUGAGGGCGGAGCCUGACUGGGGGCUCCAUCCCAUGACCCUGAGAUCAUGACCUGAGCCAAAAUCAAGAGCCCGACACAACCAACUGAGCCACCCAGGCACCCUCCAGAAACCCUACUGUUAAUGGCAAUGCCGUCAUUAUUCUCUGAGUAUUUGAGACUUGAGGACAUUUUACAAAAACAUAAAGGUAAAUCUCAUUGUAGUGUGUAUUUUCUUAGAACCUAGGAAUCCAGUUGGACUGAUUUUUUUCUGAAGCACCUAUUUCCCUAUCCCAUAGCUGCAUAGUAACUGGUUUCCUCUAGUUUUCAUAUCCCACGGGUCUGCAGCGCUGAAAGCUGCAUUGAUCAUCCAGAACUGGUACCGAGGUUACAGUGCUCGGCUGAAGGCCAGACAACGCUAUGCCCUCACCAUCUUCCAGUCCAUCGAAUAUGCUGAUGAACAAGGCCAAUUGCAGCUAUCCAAGUUCUUUUCCUUCAUGUUGGAAAACUAUACACAUAUACACGAGAAAGACCCAGGUCUGCAUUUUAAUGACUGGAACUGACGGAAUUGACUUCAUGUGUGAGCUGAUGAGAAAAAGAGAGCAGACAGAGCAUGGGUGAAAGCGAAUUAGUUGCUCGACUUUUUGGAAGCACCCUCCAGGACUGCAAGGAUAGACAGGAGUAUGUCUCAUGCAUAGACGUCCCAGACUCCUAUAAUGGUCCUCGGCUGCAAUUUCCUCUCACUUUUACUGAUAUUGAUAUACUUCUUGAGGCCUUCAAGCAACAACAGAUACUUCAUGCUCAUUACGUCUUAGAGGUGCUCUUUGAAACCAAGAAAGUCCUGAAGCAAAUGCCGAACUUCACUCACGUAAAAACUUCUCCCUCCAAAGAGAUAACAAUCUGUGGUGAUUUGCAUGGGAAACUGGAUGAUCUUUUUUUGAUCUUCUAUAAGAAUGGUCUCCCCUCAGGGAGCAACUCAUAUAUUUUUAAUGGUGAUUUUGUAGAUCGAGGAAAACAUUCCAUGGAGAUCCUAAUGAUCCUGUUUGUGAGUUUUCUUGUCUACCCCAAUGACCUGCACUUGAACAGAGGGAACCAUGAAGAUUUUAUGAUGAAUCUGAGGUAUGGCUUCACAAAAGAAAUUUUGCAUAAAUAUAAGAUGCAUGGAAAGAAAAUCUUACAAAUCUUAGAAGACGUCUAUACCUGGCUCCCAAUUGGUACAAUCAUUGACAAUGAAAUCCUGAUCAUACAUGGUGGGAUAUCAGAGUCCACAGACUUGAAUUUGCUCCACCGUAUAGAACGAAACAAAAUGAAGUCUGUGCUGAUGCCACCAAUUCCCUUAGAUGAAGACCAUGAUACUGACUUGAAAACUAAAGUAGGUGCGACUAUUAUACCUCGGGAAGUCAAAACAAAUGGAUCCCUUUCUGAACAGUUAACAAAGCACGAAUGGGAACAGGUUAUCAAUAUUCUGUGGAGUGAUCCCAGAGGCAAAAGAGGCUGUUACCCAAACAAAAGUCGAGGAGGGGGCUGCUAUUUUGGACCAGAUAUUACCUCCAAGGUUCUUAAUAAAUACCAGUUGAAGAUGCUCAUUAGAUCUCAUGAAUGUAAGCCUGAAGGGUAUGAAAUCUGCCACGGUGGGAAGGUUGUUACUGUAUUUUCUGCUUCUAAUUAUUAUGAAGAAGGCAGCAAUCGAGGAGCUUACAUCAAACUAUGUUGUGAUAUGACCCCUCGAUUUUUCCAGUACCAAGUAACUAGGACAACGUGCUCAAGGCCUCUUUACCAAAGGGUGAAUGCUAUUGAGAGUAGUGCCAUCAGGAUAUUGAAAGAGAGAAUGAUUUCAAGAAAAACUGCCCUCAUUCGUGCUUUCCAACUUCAAGACCACAGUAAAUCAGGAAAACUUUCUAUGGCCCAGUGGGCUUUUUCCAUGGAGAACAUUUUGGGGCUGGACUUACCAUGGAGAUCCCUGAGUUCACAUCUGGUAACCACAGACAAAAAUGGAAAUAUUAACUACAUGUCCAGCUUCCAGGACAUCCACAUUCAGAAACCUGUGAAAGAGGCUCAGUCUACUCUAAUUGAAACUCUGUACAGAUACCGCUCUGACCUGCAAAUCAUCUUCAAUGUCAUUGACACUGAUCACUCAGGCCUGAUUUCCAUGGAAGAAUUUCGUGCCAUGUGGAAACUCUUCAGUAGUCACUACAGCAUUCCUAUCGAUGAUUUUCAAGUUGAUGAACUCGCUGAAAGAAUGGACUUAAACAAAGAUGGAAGCAUUGACUUUAAUGAAUUUCUAAAGGCUUUCUAUGUAGUGCAUAAAUUGGAUAAGUUGAGCAAAUCAGAUAGCAACCUUCCUUAACAAGAACUAGGGCUUUCCCUCCUUGUAAACUCUUGGGCCCAAGUCACUGACACCAUCUUUCCAGAACCCUUGUAAUUCAUAAUCGGUAGUAGAGAAAAGUAGACCCCCAUUCAUGCCAUGAGCAGAUGUAUAGUGUGGGUUUUUGAAGUCCCCAGGAAGCGGUAAUUGGUAAGACUAGGUUAAAUGUCAGCUGAUAGGACUUGGUUCCAGUGUUAGGACUCACACAUUGCCAGGUAGAAACUGGGUUUGAGCCUAGUGUUGGCCUCUUGAAGUUUGGAAACAUGUUGAAAGAAACCCACAGAGCACUAGAGAAAAGUACAAGUGUGAGUGACUGAGGGAUGGGAGGAGGAAUACCAAACUAUUAACGGAAUAAAAUAUGUCCAUCUUUAAAAUGAAUCUUCUUUGGAGACUAUAAAACCAGUAAUUCUCAAUCUUGGAGGAACCAUGUUUGAGGGAUGGGGGCCAUAUCAGAUUCUUGGGGGAAGCUGCGGAAGUGAAUUGUUUGAAAAAUCCUAUUUUUUUCUUGUCUGUUGGAGAUACAAAGUGAACACAAUUCAGAUUGAGCCCUAUAGUUAAUAUUGUUUGACACCUUCAUUGGGCCUUGAUUAUGCAUACACUGUGCAGUUUAUUCUGCUAUUCCAAUUGCAUAUCAAACAUAAUAGAUUUCUCUUUAAA